AUGUCGCGGACGGCAACCCUCAAUCUGGCUCACACCGCCAUCCUAAAGACCAGAGAACUGAACUAUCUCUGUUGUGCGCUCUCUUACAUUCAUUUCAUCUGCAUUAUUGGGCUGGUGGUUUCGGUUUUUAUGAUGGGACUGGAGCGAUCAAUUGCUGUGAGGCACGUUCACUCCUACUAUGAGGAAGAGCGACCAUUGUCGAUCGUGUUUCUGUUGGUAUGUUGGGUUUUGAGCUUUCCACUUUUUAUCACAUCUUAAAGUGGUGAAAAAUUUAACUUCCCUCUUUCUCAUCCCAAUGAAAAAUUGACCUUUAUUGCAUCGAUUUUAGAUAACGGCGGCCAUUGCAGGUGGCGGCGCCUUCUGCUAUUUUUGUGCGGCCAGGUACAUUGUCUACGACGCGGACCCGGCGACACAGACAUUUCUAGCAGCGGAGAAAAACAUACCAGCCACCGUUUUUGCCUUCUCAUUUGGAUUCGUCGGAUGUGUUGGUGGUGCGUUGGUAAGUUACACAUGAAAAUAUUAGUUAGUCGGGGGAAAUAAUGAGCACUCUGUCGCAUCAAAAAUCACAUCGCCGCCGAGAAAAUGAAUUGUGUCGCGGCAAAAUCAAAUUGCUUUUCACUUCACGACGAGAUCGGCGCUGCAACAUUGUGCUCGUUAUUUUCCCGACAGACUGAUAAAGUCGCACCCCAAAUCUCCAGCCACGGCUAGACGUCGCAAAGCCAUGUUGGGCGAGUCUACGGCGUCACAAAUCCAUAUUAUUUUCCCGGCAGACUUGGAUAGUUUUGACCGUAUAAAGAGGCGUAAAAGGCCGAAAAUUCUGGGGGAAAGUUUUUACAUGGUGACACCCCUGACUGGGGGAGGGGCGUCACACGUCAAACUGAGGAGUCAGGUGACCGGAAUAGACCCUUCGCUAUCGGUUUUUUACAUUUCGUCUUGAUUACCAGAGAAAGAGAGAAAAAAAGACACGCAAAAGCGUACUCUCUCGCCCCAAAAAUUCCCCAUUUCUCCCCCGACAAAACGUUUUUCGCGUCUUUUUUUGGCAAAUUGCCGAUUCAUUCACCGGACUGUUUUAGCUUAUCUCAGUUUGACGUGCGUCACCAUGUAAAAAAAUCGCUUACGGUUACCUUGGUCCCCCUUACCAUGUUUUCCUUCGACCCCGUCCUUAGACGAGGGUGUCAAAAGGCCUGAUGACCCAGUAACGAGACAAGACGACAGCUCAAGAGCCAAUCGAUUUAUUCAGUGGAAAGGAGGCCUUUUAUAUGCAUGCCCCACGUAGGAAAGUACGGUCAAAUUUGAAUAAAUGCAGAUCGUUCCUCGUGGGAAAAUCCUCGAAGCUCGGUCGUUCCGCCUCACAGCGGGGUACUCACCUCUCCAUUCCCUUCUCCCCUAGCUACGCUCCAGCACAAAAGAUCCAUGUUUUAAUACAUGCCAACAGUAAAACAAUAUCCGCUUUUAAAUUUCAGGCCCAACUCCGCCAAAACAGCAAUGCUGCCAAUCGAUUUCGCAGCUUCAAGGGAACCGUCUCGCUGAAUGUGCGGCUUCUGAGCGAGGAGAUUUUAAUUUCGUCCGCAAUUCUCCGACGAAUUGCGGUUGCGUACGUCGUCACCUGUCUGGACGGCAUUCUCCUGUCGUUGGCCAGAUGGGAAAUUUUUGGCGGAAUCGGAACGGAUAGCACGCUGAACAAGUUGCUGACUGAAGUAAGUGGUUUUUCAGUUUUUUUCAGUUUUUCAUGUGACAUUUAUUACUGACAAGGGAGGUCCUCUAAAGCUCGGAUUUUGACAAAAUUGGCACAAUUUUACAUAAAGUAUUUUCAAAUAUAUACACAUGAUACCAAGCUCGAACUUUGCAGAGUGCCAAUACAGCACAAUUUUCUAAUUUUCAAUACUGACUUUGCAGUUAAGUUUCUUCAACGUCGACAUAUGCGUUGUUUUCGUCAUGGUCUUCUUCAUGCUGAAGCAUCAGUACGUAAGGACGAUUGUUCGCGGAGAUCUCCUCAAAUUCGUUAGUGUGAACGUGGCUGACAGACUCGUCCCACCAGGACCUACAUUUGUGAUACCGCAGACGUCCGCCUACUUCCAGCAAAUGAACAGCGCUUGGGAUGUACGUAAGGAUGAGUUGAUUUCUGCGCUGGUCCUUUACAAAGUCGCUGGAGUGGCUUUGGCGACAUGCACUGUGCAAAAAGGGAACUUUUCAUUUCUCAUAGUGCAUAUUGCAAAAAAAUGGCGCUACGGUUUUUCGAGUCAACAGUUCGAGUCGACGUUACAUUGGGGUGCCUCAAUUUGUCAUUGUAGGCAUGGGGAAGUCUUGGAAAAGGCUUAG